AAUCUUAUCUAAGCAAAUAAACUGUUUGCCUGCUGUUAAAAGGUUUUCGGCGUCACUCUCUUCUCACGUUUUUGCAAAAAUGUGGUUACGCGUCUUAAUAACGAUUAGCUUAUUCAGCAGCUAUGGAUUAAGUUAUAAAGCUGCAGUCGUCGAGUACUAUCCUCAAACUGCAGACACGCCCCAGGAAACUAUAAGAAAAAAUAUCGACGAAUACAGACAGUACGCUGAUAGAGCUAAAGACCAAUCCGUCAACAUAGUCGUUUUUCCUGAGUAUGGCCUCACCACGCUUGUCCAAGAUCCAGAGGAGUACGCCCUCGAGAUCAACAACUCAACCCAAGUGAUAAUAGACCUAAGCAAUAUGGCCAAAGAACGCCAGCUUUACUUGGUUGUCAAUUUACUAGAGAAGGAAACAACUGGCACCGAAACCAUGUACUACAACACCAAUUUGGUUUUUGACAAAAGUGGUACCAUCAUAUUGAAGUACCGAAAGAUCAAUCUUUACGACGAACGUAGACUCACCCCGGGUGCCAAGGAUCAGAUUCUUACUUUCAAGACCGAUUUUGGGGCCACUUUUGGCAUUUUCACUUGUUUUGAUAUACUGUACAAUCACCCGUCGAGAACGGUACUUCAGAAUAGUGAGGUUACAGACAUUGUUUUUCCCACGGCUUGGAUCUCAACGAUGCCGUUCCACACUUCUUUAAGCGUCCAGCAUGGUUAUGCCGCCUCCACUGGCGUCAAUCUUCUGGCUGCCAACUACGGGAAGCCGCAAGAUGGUCGUGGUGGCAGCGGAAUAUAUGCAGCUGAUGGUAAAAAUCCUGAAAUGUACGUGGCCGACAGUGCUAGUACUAAAUUCGUCGUUCGAGAACUGGCGUCGAUUAAAACCAGGCACGACGUCACUAUGUGUCUAACAAGGACUCCGUUUGGACUACCUUCUAACAUCAGUAAAUCUAACGUCAGCGACUACGUCACACAGAGACUGUUCGAUGCUUCCAACUACCAGACUCAAAGUAUCGAUCUAAGCCAAAACUACACAGAAACCAUGAUUUGUGACCGCGACUUCUGUUGCACCUUUGAAAUUCUAGUCAACUCAACAAAUUCGUCAGAAAUCUACAAAUUGGUAGCUUUCGAUGGUAUUGUGUCCUACGACCGCACCAACCCCGAAGCCACGCAAGCCCACAUUCGUGUUUGUAGCUUGGUUGCUUGCGAAGACGAAACUCUAGACAGUUGUGGUGCCAGAAUUAACGGUACCACCAAAUUUACCAAGAUAACAGUGAAAGGGAAUUUGCCUGCAGACAAUACAUCUUUCUAUUCUCCUGUUACUGUAAAUUCGUACCUUCUACCAGUGAGAGACGCAGCGUUUUGUGAUACCAAGAAUGGUACCAAUAGUACUUUUGUUGAACUGACCACAGUCAGAGCGCAGGAGAAUGUCUUGGUGUUUGGUUUGUUCGGGAGAACGGAUGCUCCGAUUCCAAAAGAAAAUCCCGACGAUCCUAACGACGGGUCUGAUGGGUCCGAUGGGUCUGAUGGGUCCGCUGGCUCCAACAUUCAUGCUACCUUAUGCUUCCUUGUAUUUUCGCUCGCUAUGAAGUUUAUUGUGUCUUAAAUGUACAUGUUUGAUUUCAAAUGAUUCUCAUUACGAAAACAACAGUUUUUUAAUUGCAAGUACUUGCAGUACCCGCAAGUACUAUUUCUACUAAACGAAAAAGAAGAUUGAAAUUUAGCUUUUUUGAAUAAAAAUUUUAAAUGCUG